AUGGGUGCCUUUUUAGCUAACCCUAAGACAAGUAAGAAAUUAGAGUAUGGAGGAUCAACAGCAGCAGCAGCAGCAGCAACAUCUGCCUAUGGUGCAGCAGCAAUGCAGGGAUGGAGACAGACCAUGGAGGAUGCUCAUGUUGCUGUCCCUUCUUUUAGGGCAUUAGUUAAGGGUGCAGCAGGAGCAGCAGCAGGAGCAGCAGCAGGAGGAGGAGGAGCAGCAGCAGCAGCAGCAGCAGCAGCAGCAGGAGAUGGGUCUGCUGCAGCAGCAGAAGAUGAUGAUGAUGGGGAUACCAUAGGAAGCAGCAAAUCUAUAGGUACAACAGGAGGAGAAUCUACAGCAGCAACAGCAGCAACUGCAGCAACAGCAGCAGCAGCAGCAGCAGAUAAGGAUACAAUAAAAGGAGACACUUGCUGCGAUGAGGACUGCUGCAGCAAAGCACUGCAGCAACUGCAGCAAAUGGAUAUAGAGGACAUAGGCAUCUAUGGUGUAUUUGAUGGUCAUGGUAGUAAUGCUGUUAGCUAUUGGACUGCAGCUAACUUAUUAACACUCUCUGUUGGUAAUCAAGAAGAAGGAGAGACAGAUGGUGCAGCAGAGGAGACAGGAGACAGAGCAGCAGAUAGGGAGACUAAUGGAGACAAAGACACAGAAGGAGCAGCAUCAGACUCUGAGGAGAAUGCAAAGGAGACAGCUGAUGAUGCAGAGAAGAGACAAUCAGGAGAAAGUAAUCGUCUCCCUGCCUUAGGCCGUCUAGACAGUACAGCUAAUCUAGGGGGACGGCAGCAGCAGCAGCAGCAGCAGCGAGCAGCAGCAGCAGCAGCAGGAGACGAUGAUGAAUCUGGUCCAUCUAGUGAGACAGAGGGCGAAGAAAGCAGCAGCAGCAGCAGCAGCAGCAGCAGCAGCAGCAGCAGCAACAGUGUAUCUGGAGGUAAGAAGGAUAGCUCUAAGCCAUCAUCUCCAUCAGCAGCAGCAGCAGCAGCAGCAAGAAGCAGCAAAGAGCAGCAAGAAGAAGGAGACAGAAAGGAGACACCUGAAUCAUCAUCAUCCCCAGACGAUCCAAAACUAUCAGGAGGAGCAGCAGCAGCAACAGCAGCAGCAGCAGCAGCAACAGCAGCAGCAGGAGACGACGAAGACGAAGAUGACGAAGAUAGUCUAGAUCUUCCUACUCCUUCCUCAUCGCUGUCAACAUCCCACCACCACCUGCAGCAGCAGCAGCAGCAGCAGCAACAGCAGCAGCAGCAGCAGCAGCAGCAGCAGCAGCAGCAAAGGUUCGACCACCCCCAUCCCUCAUCCCCUGAGGGCUCAGGGACAACUGCUGUUGUUGUAUUAAUUGUUAAGAGUAAUAAGCCUGCUAUUAUUGUUGCUAAUGCAGGAGACUCUAGGGCUGUUAUUAGUAGAGGAGGAAUAGCAUAUCCUCUAUCUCAUGAUCAUAAACCAACAAAUCCAAUAGAAAGAGCAAGGAUAGCAGCAGCAGGAGGAUGCGAGGCAGUAGAAUUUGUACGAGCACGAUUGGCUACAUCUAAGAAGAGUCGUGCAGAGGCAUUAAGAGAUGCAUGCGAAGCUCUUUGUGAUAGUUGUUUAUCUCCAGACCCUAUUAAAUCUGAAGGUCAUGGUUGUGAUAACAUGACAGUAUUAGCAGUAGAUUUAGCGGUAGAUUUGCUGCAGCAAGGAGACAGCUGCAGCAGCAGCAGCAGCAGCAACAGCAGCAAGAUUGUCUUGUAUGGAGGAGGAGAAGAUUUAUAUUUAGGUCAUGAUGAGGCAGAGUACGAAGGAGAAGAAGAAGAAGAGGAUUAA